UCAGAUAUCUGGAAUGUAUGGGGCAGGCAUCAGGGAUGCAGUUGUGGAUCCAUGAUAACAACAAGUGAAGAGGAACAGUCAGUACGAGAACUGACUGAAUGGGUGUGUUAUUAAAUCAGGUGUUUAGGAGGCCCAGAGAGCUCAAAAUUGGCUUUUUUAGAUGAUAAACAGAUGAUAAAUGGGGAAGAACAGUUAGUAUGAGUUUCUGGUUACCAUACUUACUGGUUUAUUGGUUGACCGAUUCUAUGAUCUCUGAUCUCUUGUGUUAUGUAGAUUAAGUGACACCGGCUUCUGCCGAAACAGUUCAUCGGCCACAUAACACCACUACACCUUCCACAAGUUCAGCUUUCAUUGGAAUCCGGUCAUACACAAGCAUCCAGCCACCAUAAGGAAUCCAAUAUUUCAUACAAGUUGUAUCUUCGACAAGCUUCCAGUCAGAUAUCUGGAAUGUAUGUGGCAGGCAUCAGGGAUUCAGUUGUGAAUCCAUGAUCACAACAAGUGAAGAGGAACAGUCACUAUGAGAACUGACUGAGUGGGUGUGCUAUUAAAUCAGGUGUUUAGGAGGUCCACAGAGCUCAAAAUUGGCCUUUUUAGAUGAUAAAUAGAUGAUAAAGGGGAAGAACAGUUAGUAUGAGUUUCUGGUUUCCAUACUUACUGGUUUAUAGGUUGACCGGUUCUAUGAUCUCUGAUCUCUUGUGUUGUGUAGAUUAAGUGACACCGGCUUCUGCCGAAACAGUUCAUCGGCCACAUAACACCACUACACCUUCCACAAGUUCAGCUUUCAUUGGAAUCCGGUCAUACACAAGCAUCCAGCCACCAUAAGGAAUCCAAUAUUUCAUACAAGUUGUAUCUUCCACAAGUUUCCAGUCAGAUAUCUGGAAUGUAUGGGGCAGGCAUCUGGGAAGCAGUUGUGGAUCCAUGAUCACAACAAGUGAAGAUGAACAGUCACUAUGAGAACUGACUGAGUGGGUGUGUUAUUAAAUCAGGUGUUUCGGAGGUCCACAGAGCUCAAAAUUGGCCUUUUUAGAUGAUAAAUAGAUGAUAAAGGGGAAGAACAGUUAGUAUGAGUUUCUGGUUUCCAUACUUACUGGUUUAUAGGUUGACCGGUUCUAUGAUCUCUGAUCUCUUGUGUUAUGUAGAUUAGGUGACACCGGCUUCUGCCGAAACAGUUCAUCGGCCACAUAACACCACUACACCUUCCACAAGUUCAGCUUUCACUGGAAUCCGGUCAUACACAAGCAUCCAGCCACCAUAAGGAAUCCAACAUUUCAUACAAGUUGUAUCUUCCACAAGUUUCCAGUCAGAUAUCUGGAAUGUAUGGGGCGGGCAGCUGGGAAGCAGUUGUGGAUCCAUGAUCGCAACAAGUCAAGAUGAACAGUCACUAUAAGAACUGACUGAGUGGGUGUGUUAUUAAAUCAGGUGUUUCGGAGGUCCACAGAGCUCAAAAUUGGCCUUUUUAGAUGAUAAAUAGAUGAUAAAGGGGAAGAACAGUUAGUAUGAGUUUCUGGUUUCCAUACUUACUGGUUUAUAGGUUGACCGGCUCUAUGAUCUCUGAUCUCUUGUGUUAUGUAGAUUAAGUGACACCGGCUUCUGCCGAAACAGUUCAUCGGCCACAUAACACCACUACACCUUCCACAAGUUCAGCUUUCAUUGGAAUCCGGUCAUACACAAGCAUCCAGCCACCAUAAGGAAUCCAAUAUUUCAUACAAGUUGUGUCUUCCACAAGUUUCCAGUCAGAUAUCUGGAAUGUAUGGGGCAGGCAUCAGGGAUGCAGUUGUGGAUCCAUGAUCACAACAAGUGAAGAGGAACAGUCAGUAUGAGACUAAGUGGGUGGGUUAUUAAAUCAGGUGUUUAGGAUGUCUGGAGAGCUCAAAAUCGGCUUUUUUUAUCAAAUCAUGUGUUUAGGAGGUCCAGAGAGCAAUCAGCAUCACAAUGUAUCACUAAUUACUUGUUUAAGAAGUCACUCUUGUUACGCUUUGUGCUUUUUUCAACUUGAAAACCACAUAAUGCUAAUUCUCAAAGAAAGGUCUUAGACAGUUAUUAUUCCAAAAAAUUAAAUCAAGUCACAUACCUGAUCGACAAAUCCAGGGUACUUGGUGGAGGGAAAAAACAACAGUGGCUCGGCCUCCAUGCCAGCUCUGGUUUCUUCCACAUGACAGGCGAGAAAUUUUGUCACCACACUCCUUCUAAUAAAUUAUAAUUUAUAUGAAAUAUGAUAACAAGUACAAGAGUCAAUAUGUAAAUUCAAAUUAAUGUUUCAUGGCAUAAAGUGUACUGAAAUUGAAAAAACAACAACCACCAUUGAUCAACAGUCACUUAAUCCCACUUAUAAAUCUACUGUAUUUUGACUGCUGUAGACUAUGUUCUGUCGAGGAUUUGAAGGAGGUUCUGAAGAGUGAUAAUGAUAGCCAUAAUCAGUUGUGGAUCCAUGAUAACAACAAGUGAAGAAGAACAGUCAGCAUUAGUACUGACUGAGUGGGAGUGUUGAGUAUCCUAGAUUUCCUGGUUUUGGAUGGUAGGUUCCUUCGAUUUGCAGGUUGACACCACAGCAAAAUGGGCAGGCAUUAGGAAUGCUUUUGUAGUUGAACACUACAAAUAAGGAAGAACUGUUAGCAUGAGUUUCUGGUUUCCAUACUUACUGGUUUAUAGGUUGACCGGUUCUAUGUUUGCUGAUCUCUCGUGGCAUGCAGAUUAUUAAGAGUGAGCUCUUCGAGACGAUCCGAAUGAGGAUAAGUGAUCCAAGAUCACUCAGAUCAUGGUAGAUCAAAUGAACUGAUGACUCCACUCUGGACAAAAAUUCAUUGGUUUAUUUGGUCUACCAUGAUCCUGGUGGUCUGGGACCUCCGAUCCUAGUAAAUCCUUAUCAUCCCAAAGGUUGACCCACCCCAAGUGACACCGGUUUCUGUCGAAACAGUUCAUCGGCCAAACACCACUACACUAUAUCCACAAGUUCAGCUUUCAUUGGAACCUAGUCAUACACAAUCCUCCAGCCACCAUAAGGAAACCAAUUUCAUACAGGUAGUAUCUUCCAUAAGUUUCCAGUCUGAUAUCUGGAAUGUAUGGGGCAGGCAUCAGGGAUGCAGUGUAGAGGUCAGUUUAAGAACCUACUGA